AGGCAUGGCAAUCUCUUGCUCAUACCAUCCCUUGACUUCAGUCUUCUCCUUUGACAAAGGCACUUCUUCAUCAACUUCCCAUCCCUUUUGUAACUUCUUUAGCACCCAAAACUCAAUACACAUUCUUAUAAGAGCAAUGUCGUCCAGCUCUUUCUCUUCUUCACGUCGUUCUGACUCGACGUGGACUGCUGAGCAAAACAAGCAAUUUGAGAGGGCACUGGCUGUUUAUGACAAGGACACCCCAGACCGAUGGGUAAAUGUGGCCAGGGCUGUGGGUGGAAAGUCUCCCGAGGAAGUCAAGAGACACUACGAUCGCCUUGUGCAGGAUCUCAUGUAUAUAGAAUCUGGCCAGUUCCCACUGCCCAAUUACAAGCCCACCACUGGGACCAACUGUAUAGGAAUUACUGAUGGACGAAGGUAGUAUACAGCUUAUGAAGAAUCUGAAGCUUUAAUGAAACGAAGGAAGUGGGAGAAAUGUUGUGAGAAGAUGUGUACAAAAGCAUAUGCAUGCACCAGUAUAAAAUAUAUGAAUCAAUGCUCGCGGUAUUACUACUGUUGAUGUAUUAAUCUAAUCGGUUGUCUAUGAAGCUGAUAAAAAAGAACUGCACGUGUUUGCCCCCACCCCCACCUCCACCUUAAGUUUGUAAUAAAUUUUCUAACGUUUAAGCUUGUACUGAUUUCCUCUUUCUAAUAAAUUUUCAAAGUGAAAAAA